AUGACCCCUUUAAAGGCCUUGAAAAGACGCCUUAGUUCAGAGAACAGCAGCAUCAGAACAGCGUCGUUUACAACAAGUCUUCAAUACAGAGACUUGAGAGAUCGCAAGCCGAUGCAACUCCUCCGACACAUGCAGCAGCUCUUGGGUGAUAAAGCCACUGCACUUGACCUAUCAAUUUUUAUGCGUGAACUAUUUCUCCAGUGUCCUCCCUACAAACGUCAGGCUGAUUUUUGGCAUCAACUGCCGAUGGCAAUAAGUCUUCAGGAAUUAGCUACUUUAGCAGACAAGGUGAUGGAAGUUGCCACACCUACUGUAGCUACAGUUUCACCCUCUGACUCACUGUUGCUGAGAUUUAGUGAACUGAAAGCCGAAAUUGCACAAGUUAAAACAACUUCUCAAAACCUCGACGCAGUAUUUCCCGUACACGAGCAGGCCAGUCCAGGUCGAGCCCAUUCAUCUUUUCCAUCCCUAAUUCAGAUUUUGUGCUGGGUAUCAUCAGAAGUUUGGAGAGGCAGCCGAAAAUUGCAAACCACCUUGCUCUCAGAAGGGAAACAUCCAGGCCCAGUCGCUAGUGGCAUGGGCGUCACUGGCCUUAAUGAACACAGUCGCCUAUUUUACAUUGUAGAGCACGUCAUAAAUUACCUCUUCUCGUUGUACAGUGCAGAAGUGAGUAUUAUACCAUCAACAGCUGCCAAUAAGAACAACCGUUGCCUCCUCACACUCCAAACUGUCAAUAAUUCACCCAUCUUAACCUUUGGUACCCGCUCAUUGACACUCACUCAGUCUUGGACUCCAUCAUACGUUCCACAAGGUGUUUGUCCCAUCGCAGAGGUUAAAACUCUACUUCUAAGUGCAGAUGAUUUCUUACGCCAUUAUGGUCUCCUGGUGGAUAUGGGGACACAAACGUUUGAUGACAAAGUGACCAAUUACGUGUCCAAGAAAUCGCAUCACACAAACCCUCCAUCACCCCACUCUUCUACCCAAAACACCCACUUCAUUGUAUGA